AUGAUUUAUGAAAGAACAGAUUUCGAAACUACGAAAAGCAAAUCGGAAAAAAGUGCCACAGUUAAUGAUAACAAGGAUGAAAAAUGGGCAGAUGCAAAAUCAUACCACAAGAAUGCGUCACCUUUUAAAUUAAUAAAUUCGUUUUACAUGUACAAUUACAUGCAAUUACUAAUAAAUGAAGGGAAGAACAAAAGCUUAUUCAUUAUUGACCUAAGAUCUGAAGAACUAUUUAAAGAAGGACAUAUAAUGAACUCUGUUAACAUUAACAAUGUUAGUAGGAUUAUGGAAAUAGAGAAUGAGAUAAAGUCAAAAGAAAAUAUAAAAAUUAUUUUUUAUGAGGAUGAAGAGGUUGAAUAUUUAAAUAAUUACAAUUAUUUAUUGAGCAAACAUUUUUUAAACACGAAAGCUAAUUUCUAUUUUUUGAAGGGGGGAUACACAAAAUUUGAAGGGGAGUACUUUUUUUUAUGUAUAAAAAGUUAUAAUGGUAACAGUAAUAGUAACAGUCGUACUAGGAUUGGCAAUAUACAGCAAUAUGCAUGUUCUAAACUUGUUCCCUAUAUUAAUUACCCCAUAAAAAUUUGCAGUAACUUGUACUUGGGAAAUAUCGUUCAUAUUAACAAUUCGUUUAUAAACAGGUUCUUAAGAAUAAAACAUAUAUACGAUUUUACUUCCUCUGGUUUUGAUAUAAAAAAUGAUGAAGUAUUAAACUAUUUCAGGUACAACAUACUGAAGAGAAAAAUGGAAAAAAAUACAAAUUCCUUAAGAAAUGAAUCAGUUAAUUAUUACAAUUUUUUGGACAUUCGUAUGGUCUAUGAUGUUGUGUACAGUUUAGCUCAUAUUACAAGUGUGAAAGAAGAUAAAGCUAUUCUUACCAAACUACAAAAAGAAAAAAAGUGUAGCAGUAUAGUAGGUAGUGGCAAAGGUUAUACCAAUAAUUUAAGGAUAUGCAUGGGUAAAAACGAAUUUCUACUAAAAAAUAAUGAGGGUAACCAUUUAAAGAAAAAUGAGGAAAAAGAAAAUGUCUUAAUAAUAUGUAAUCAGGGCAUUAAAGAUCAAACUAAAGAGAAAAUAAAUAGUAUAAGUUUAAUAAUUUGCAUGUGUUAUAUUAUGUAUACCAAAAAAUACAAUCUUAAUUUAACCCUUGCAUAUAUGCUAAAGAUAUGCAAUAAUUUAAGUUUAAGUUCGCAAACAAGGAGCUUUUUGCAAAAUUUCUACCAGUCCUUAACGAAAAGUAAUUUUAAUUUAGAAUUUUAUUGUAAUUCAAGGAGCAACAUGCAGUCGAAAAGUAAUAAGAGCAAUAGUAAUAGCCCUAUCAGAAGCAAUAGCAGUAGCAGUGGUAACAGUAAAAGUAGCAAUCGUCGCUCGAAUAAGGAAUCGAGUUCUCAACUGCAAAUCAUAAAAAGUGAAAACUUUAGAAAAUUAAUAAAAAUGUAUGAAAUAGGCAAAUGCUACAUUAUGUUAAAUCAUUCUGAGGAAUAUAUUCUCUACGUAAAUCAAGAGCUAAUGCUCAAUGACAUUCAUAUAAUGAAGGAAAAAGUGGAGGAUAAGGAUUUUAAUUCCUAUGAAUGUGUAAUGCAGUCCAUUCUAUUUCAUAUAUAUAAUAUUAACCAUAAUAAAAUAAAUUUUGAAGAAAUUAAUAAUUUUUUAGAAAUCCUAGUAAAAAUUAUAAAUGAGAAUAAAUUAGAAAAUUAUCGCAAAAUGCCAUAUUUUUCAUUAAUUAUAAUAAAUUUAUGUAAAGCAUUAUCAGUGGACGAAAAAGAUGAUAAACAUAGUAAUAUAAAACCAUUUAUGGAAGAAUAUGAGAAUAUUAAAUAUAAUAUAUUUUCCUUAAUUUGUAACAAUAUUGUCACAUGCAUUGAUUUUAUUAUAAAAAACAGUUAUACGAAUAAUGCAAUUAAUAAUGUUACAGAAGAAUAUGAAGUAACACUGAAGGAGAAGGAAGAAAAUUUAAAAAAAAGGAAUAUAGAUAAAAACACAUAUAUGAUAUUUUUAGCACUGAAAUAUCUUUUAACAUCCUUUUUUUAUUUUUAUGUCUAUCCUGCCAUAGAAAAAAUGAGAUUUUCAUACAUGGAUAGAAUAUAUCAUACGUUACAAAAAAUUGAUACAUUUGCCGAUUAUUAUUAUUCUAUUUUUAAAAUAAAUAUUAAUUUAAUUAAUAAUAAGAAUUAUAAAGCGCAAAUAUGCUCUUCUGAUAACCUGCCCGUGUAUUUUUCGGAUAUAUUAAGACCCUUUAUAAUAAUCAACAAUUACUUGAAUUAA